AUGCACAGAGGUCUGGCAUGUGAAGCCUCACAUUAUCCUGCAGAGGAACGCAAGAUUAAAACCUUUACAGCCAUCAUUCAGCAGCUGCUGUGUUAGGGCUUAUGUCUAGCAACACAUUGCUGUGUGCACUAGAGUCUGUGCUGGUCAGCAUUUGUUUAAAGGAGUCACAACCAAAUGCUCAAAAAAGGGAAGACAAUGGCUGUGAAAAAGGUUUGCUGGAUAGAAAGGUGACAAAAUGCCACUUAUCAGGGCAUCUCAGAGAUGCAGAAAGCUAUGAAUUGGAGAAUGAGGACCAUGCAGGGGAUUUGACUGAUGGAAGCUCCUAUAGGGUCUCAACUUUAUCUACAGUUAAAAAGCACCAUCACAAACACAGCAUAAAACACCGCUACCAAAUUCUGGAGACACUGGGAAGAGGUACCUAUGGCAAGGUGAAGCGAGCCAUGGAUAAGGGUACUGGAAAACUGGUUGCAGUGAAGUCCAUACAAAAAGAUAAGAUCACAGAUGAGUUGGACAAAGUGCAUCUACAGAGAGAGAUAGAGAUCACAGCUCUGCUGAAACAUGAACAUAUUAUACAGGUCUUUGAAGUGUUUGAGAGCAGAGGAAAAAUAAUCAUUGUCAUGGAGUACGCUAGCAAGGGAGAACUUUAUGAUUUCAUAAAUGAUAAGCAUCAGAUUCCAGAGAGCGAAGCACGAAGAUUCUUCAGACAAAUCGUCUCUGCUGUUCAUUACUGUCACAAGAAUGGAAUUGUGCACCGUGACAUAAAGCUGGAGAAUAUACUCCUAGAUGACAAUCUAAAUGUAAAGCUUGCGGAUUUUGGACUCUCAAAUCUCUUCCACAAAGGCCAGGUUCUGGAGACAUACUGUGGAAGUCCCUUGUAUGCGUCUCCAGAGAUUGUGAAAGGUCUCCCUUACUACGGACCAGAGGUUGACUGCUGGGCCCUUGGCGUGCUACUUUACGCACUUGUUUACGGAACUAUGCCAUUUGAUAACAGUAACUAUACAACUCUCACGGAGCAGAUCAGCAGCGGCCAGUACAGACAACCUCCUCACCUAUCAGGAGCAUGUGGGCUGAUUGACUGGAUGCUAACUGUAAAUCCAACAAGGAGAGCUACAGUAGAAGAUAUCGCUAGUCACUGGUGGGUCAAUUGGGGAUAUGAUUCAGUGGUCUGUGAUUGUGAUAAGGAACCGGACUGCCACUCACCUCUGUUAGCACGGUACAUAGAGUGCCAGAACAUGUCUGGCUUCAGAGAUGGAACAAAAAAACAUUUCAGAAGUCAAUUAAAAGAACAAGAAGAAUAUGAAGUUUGUCUCAGAAAAUCUAAAAAGGAAAAUGAUAUAAUUCAAUCCCAGCAAGAAAUAGACUUUAAUAUCAAUAUCACAAAGCCUAAAGGGAUACUGAAGAAAAGAGGCAGUUUUGAUAGUGCAUUGUUAAAUACUUCCAGUUUCUCUGAAGAUCUGUCACAGAAUUGCUAUGAACUAAACAGAGACCCUCAAUCUCCAUCGUCCAGCAGUUUACACAAAACUGUAUAUAUGGAAUGUACCUUCAAACUGCCAAAGAAGGGGAUACUCAAAAAAACCUAUGAAAGGGAAUCUGGUUAUUCCUCAUCUCCAGAAAGGAGCAUAUCAGCAGAAUGUCAACAAAUAUUAAGGGAUGGACAAGACAAGGCCAAGUCAGAAAAGCAUUUUAAGAAAAAGAAAGGAAUCCUUAAAAAGAAUGGGAAGUUUUCUAACUGUUUGGACCUCUCAGUUGAAAGCAAGUCACUUAGCAUUUCUGACUCUUUGGAAGACCUGACCAUUUCUAAUGCAGAACCUACAAAAAGUCCAAGUCGGCCUUCAAGUGUCAUUAGUGAUGACAGCUUCCUCUCAAGUGAUUCAUUUGAUCUUCUUGAUAUUUCUUCUGAAUCAAAAGGUCAGAUACUUACCUACAACACCCAGAAUAGCAUUUUUUCUUCAGAAGAUAAGUUAUCAGGAAAACUGACUGAGAGACAUUCUCAUCAAACCUAUUGUUUAUGACCACUGAGUUCUACUAAACGUUUCAAUUUAUUUGUAAUGUAAACUCAUGGCUGCGAGAAGCGAACACAUUGUUAGCAGCCUAGAGGUUAUAUAGCUCUGUCCUGCACAAUAAAAAAGCCAAAUCUAUGGUAACUUAUCCCAAUAUAGUAGAAUGUUUGUAUAAUUUUACUAAUUUAUAUGCAAUAAACGUUAAUACAGAGAAGAUAUCCUGUGGAACACCAUAAUGACAAAGAUAUUGUUGUGGAUCUUACACAAAAUAUUGACUAUUUAGUAUUAAUAUAACUUACUUUAGACAAAGCUUCAAGAGACAGUAAAGUCAAAUUUAAACUGUUAUGAUUCAGAUAGAGCAUGCAAAUUAAAACAACUUUUUAGACCCGGGAGCAGUAAUGUACUACUAAAACAAAUCUAAACAAUGAGCCAAUGAGAAGAAGCAUUUAUGUUGCACAACCAAUGACAAGCUAGCUAUCUAGGUAUGUUCUUUAACAAAGCAAAAUUAAUUAGAAGUAAAUUUGAAAGUUGUGUAAAAUUGCAUGCUGUAUCUAAAUCCAAUUUGUAACCAAUGCUAUGCAAAGUGUUAAAAGGGUAUAGUCUUGAAAAGUAGUUGGAAAAGAAAUGAACAUGCACUAAAACUAAUUUCUGUCAUACGUGAACAUUCCAUCAAGUUAGUACUGUAUUCCAACAUAAUCACGCAAAGUGUCACAAAUGAAAGAAAAUAGAAAUGUUGUGUUUCAAAUUAAAAUCCACAAAACUUACAUAAUAUGCAGAGGGCUGCUAAAUGAUUAAAACAAUGGAUGUUGUGUGCUUUACUGGGGGUUUAAUAGCAUUCACUUUAUAUUUUGGCAUAAAAAGAAUGUUUUUAUUAUACAAUUUAAAGUGAAAUAAAUAGAAGCUAUUUAUGAGCACUUAUUAAGAGGCAACUAAUUCUGUUAAACAUAUUUGGUAAAGUCAAAGGAAGUUUGCUUAUAAAUUUAGUUUAUUUCUUCUAAAGCCAAAGGAAAUUGUGAAACAAAAUAUGGAAAUGCCAGUGAAUUCCAUGGAAAAGCAAAAUAUAAAUAACACAAACAAAGUAAGUAGAAUAAAAAUAACAAUUUAUAAUCAAUGGGAAAAAAACACAACUCUUCCAAAAUGUAUUUGAUAUUUUACUUUAAACAUAUAUAACGUUCCAAAGCUUUGUCCAUACAAUAAAACAAGUCUUGACAAACCUAGGUGCUAGGGAGCCACACAAGACAUCCAUGAGUGCCCCCCCCCCCAUUUCCCUCUGCUGUACGCCACUUGCUCCUAGAUUUUGAACAAAUAGGACGAGCCCUGCCAAAAAAUAAACAAUUAAUAAACACACUAAGUAUGAAAGAAAAACACUGGAAUGUAUUGCGACAAUAAUAUUUUAUAUGUAUAUAUUAUUGUAUAUGGAGUUGAUAUAAAAAUUGCCAAAUAUUAAAUAGUCACAUUCUACUACACAUUCUUGAAAAUGACAAUUGGCUAUAAACAUACAAUAGCUAAGCGUUCUAUGGUAAUAUUUUAUCAUUUUGAAACAUGAACAUGUAUACCUAUAAAUAUACCAGGAUUGUAUGAUGCUUCUGGAAUCUUAAAAAAAAACUUCAGUUUUUUUAAGGGUCUGGACAGAAAUUAAAAUGUUUCAAUAUAUUGAAAGGAGGGUUUAAGAAUAAAGAUUUUUUUGUAUUUUUUUUGCAUAAAUUAUGUUAUUUUCUGUAAUGAGAUCAGUAUUUAUAAAAUGUUAGUAGAAUUUAGUGUGUCUGAAAAGAAGAACUGCUAGAAAUUAUGACGUUUUGUGCAAAUAAAAUGGGAACUAAUUAACUACUGUAUGACGGAAACCUACCUGCUCACAAGAUAAAUUAUUUAAAUACUAAACUUGACAACAUUUUUGGGACAAGGAGCAGAAAUAUUGUUGCUCUGAUUGGUUAAAAAAUGACACCACUCAAACUGCUGUAUGUUAAGAUAUUUUUUUACUUUUGAUGUUUUCUUAUGCUGCCUUUGUACUUUUAGACAAUGAUUCAGAAUAAAUACUGAAUAAGA